AUGGCAUCGUACACCAAAAUUCAGAUCGAGCAGUACCUGGACCACAUCGGCUUCCGGCAUGCGGGUUCGGGGACUCUGCCGCCGCCGACCCUGGCCGCGCUCACCGAGAUCCAGGCCCGCCACGUCGCCCGCGUCCCGUUCGAGAACAUUUCGCUGCGCUACAACGACAAGACGCCGCCGCUGUCGCUCGAACAGCAAGACCUGUUCGACAAGAUCGUCGUCCAGGGGCGCGGCGGCUACUGCAUGGAAGUCAACGCCUUCUUCUCGGCCGUGAUGCGCGGGCUCGGCUUCGACGUCCUCAACGUGGGCGGGCGGAUCAAGAAGGCGGAUGACUCGGGAAGGUUCUCGGGGUUGAGUCACAUGCUCAACAUCGUCGCCAUCGACGGCCAGCGAUAUCAAGUCGACGUGGGCUUCGGCGAGGGCGGCCCACCGAUGCCCGUCCCACUCCCGAGCAGGGACGCGGGCGGCCGGCACGAUUUCGUGCGCAUCCCUCCGUCGUCCAUGGGCCGCGUCGAGUGGCGCAGCAUACCGCGGCAGCACCUGCACGCCGACCAGCGCGUGUGGGUGUACUCGACGCGCGAGGACGGCGAGGACUGGCGCGAGCGGUACAGCUUCAUGGACGCCGAGUUCUUCCCCGAGGACUACGACGUGUUCAACUUUCACACCAUGAUGCACCCGACCAGCUUCUUUCUCAACAACGUCAUGGCCGUGCGGACCGUGCCCGAGGGCGAAGUCGACGGCGACUUUGGGCUGCCUUGUCGCGGGGAUUGUGCGGCAAAGGGGACCUGGGUGCUGUUUAAUGAUAAAAUAAAGAGGAUCAUCGCCGGCAAGGAGGAGGUCGUGGAGAAGCUACAGAGCGAGGAUCAGCGGAUCAAGGGGCUGGACAAGUAUUUUGGCAUCAAGGUCUCGCCAGAGCAAGCUGCUGCUAUGAAGGAUCCUCUAGGCAGCUGA